AGUGGAUCCGGUCCAAUUCAUCCGAUCUACAAUUUCCAGACGGUCGUACGCUAUAUUGCUCUCCCCGCUUCCAUCUCCUCUCCCCCUACCAUCUCUCUACGCUAUAUUCUCCUUAGGUCCUGAGCUUAAUUUGUUUGUUCCUACCUAUCUUAUUUUAUCUCAUCAGCAGUGAAUAGAUCAAGCUGGUGUUGUUGAGGCUGCAAGAAUGAUGAAAAUUGAUUUUAGUGGGAUCGAAUCAACUGCCCCUUUUCGUGUGGAGAAUUCUGAGUUGUUCGAUGUAAUUCCAAGAGCCCCAUCUUUCCAGAUUCCCAAUGCUACUGAUUUCGAUGGGUUUCAGAAGGAAGCGAUCCAAAUGGUGAAGCCUGCUAAGGGAACCACCACCUUAGCUUUUAUCUUUAAGGAUGGUGUGAUUGUGGCAGCUGAUUCUCGUGCUAGCAUGGGAGGAUACAUAUCAUCACAGUCUGUGAAAAAGAUCAUAGAAAUAAAUCCAUAUAUGCUUGGCACAAUGGCAGGAGGUGCUGCUGAUUGCCAAUUCUGGCACAGGAAUCUUGGGAUCAAGUGUCGUCUCCAUGAGCUGGCAAAUAAAAGAAGAAUUUCAAUUGCUGGAGCUUCAAAGUUGUUGGCUAACAUUUUAUAUUCUUACCGUGGAAUGGGCUUAUCAGUUGGGACUAUGAUUGCUGGUUGGGAUGAAAAGGGUCCAGGACUAUAUUAUGUGGAUAGUGAAGGUGGACGGCUAAAGGGAAACAGGUUCUCUGUGGGAUCUGGUUCUCCAUAUGCUUAUGGAGUUCUGGAUAAUGGGUAUCGAUAUGAUUUGUCUGUUGAAGAAGCUGCAGAGUUAGGGAAACGGGCUAUUUAUCAUGCAACAUUCCGAGAUGGGGCCAGUGGAGGUGUUGCAAGUGUUUAUCAUGUUGGCCCAAAUGGAUGGAAGAAACUAUCGGGUGAUGAUGUUGGAGAGCUUUACUACCAUUACAAUCCCGUAGAGCCUGCAGCAGUGGAACAUGAAAUGACUGAUGUGCCUGUUGCCUGAGACCCCUCCCCCCCCCACCGCAACUGACAGUGUUUCUUGAUUUGAUCUGCUUAUUUCCUUUUCCCUGCGGUUGUCUUUAUGCACAAUCUUACGGUUGUUUUUAUGCACAAUCUUACAUGCUUAGAUUUCAUCAGAUCUGAAGUUGCAUCCUUCUUGACUAUCAACACUGUACUAUCGGUUAUCUCAUUAUGCAAGAGCUCUAUCUCCAAAUUUGGUCAUUUUGAAUAUGUAUUGUAUUCAAUCAGAUCAUUGCAUGCUUGAAGUUGUUUCAUAUUGGAGUUUGUUCAUUAGUUUAUUAACAAUUUCUCUUUGAUA